UGGGCGGCGGCGGCGGCGGACAGCGUGUUCUCGCGGUCGUCGUCGUCAGCGAGGGAGGACGACGAGGAGGACCUGCGGUGGGCGGCGCUGGAGAAGCUGCCGACCUACGACCGAGCACGGACGGCGCUGCUGGCCUUGCCGCCGGACGGCGAGCUGCGGGAGGUGAACGUGCGGCGGCUCGCCGCCGACGAGCAGCGCGCGCUGCUGGAGCGCGUCGCGGGCGUCGCUGACGACCACGCGGGCUUCCUCUGCAUGUUCAAGGAACGUUUGGAUCGGGUUGGAAUCAAGCUUCCGACUAUUGAAGUGCGGUAUGAGAACUUAAAUGUGGAAGCAGAGUCAUAUGUUGGCAGCAGAGGUUUUCCCACCAUUUUCAAUACCUAUGCUAACAUAUUCGAGGGCCUGGGGAACGCUCUUCACAUAACACGAAAAAAGAAGCAAAAAAUAUCGAUCCUUCACAAUGUGAGUGGGAUCGUAAAGCCUCACAGAAUGACAUUGCUUUUAGGUCCUCCUGGCUCAGGAAAGACAUCACUACUGAUGGCCUUAGCAGGAACACUCCCAUCAACUGUAAAGGUAUCAGGGACUAUAACUUAUAAUGGUCAUACAAUGGAUGAAUUUGUGCCCCAAAGAUCAGCAGCUUAUGUUAGCCAACAUGAUUUACAUAUGGCCGAACUAACGGUUCGUGAGACGGUCAGUUUCUCUGCAAAGUGUCAAGGAGUUGGCCAUCACUAUGAUAUGCUAAUGGAACUAUUGAGAAGAGAAAAGGAAGAAAACAUCAAACCAGAUCCAGAGAUUGAUUUAUAUUUGAAGGUACGAUCUGCUACAACAGGAGAGCAGAAAGCCGAGGUGGUCACAAAUCACAUACUAAAGAUCUUAGGAUUGGAUAUAUGUGCUGACACAAUUGUAGGAAAUAAUAUGGUGAGAGGUAUAUCAGGAGGGCAAAAAAAGCGACUAACUACAGCGGAGAUGCUGGUAACACCAGGACGAGCACUUUUCAUGGAUGAGAUAUUAACUGGACUUGAUAGCUCGACAACAUUCCAGAUUGUGAACUCCAUCCGACAGACUGUUCACAUUCUUGGUGGAACGACAAUUAUUGCAUUGCUACAGCCUGCGCCCGAGACAUAUGAAUUGUUUGAUGAAAUAAUUAUCCUCUCAGAUGGUCAAGUUGUCUACAAUGGCCCUCGUGAUCAUGUGCUUGAGUUCUUUCAAUCAAUUGGAUUCAAAUGCCCUGAGCGAAAAGGUGUCGCUGACUUCUUACAGGAAGUUACAUCAAGGAAAGAUCAGAAACAAUACUGGACACAUGGUGAUUCUACAUACCGAUAUAUUUCUGCUGCAGAGAUUGCUGAGGCAUUUCAGUCUUUUCAUGUCGGUCAAGCAGUAAGAACUGAGUUGGUAGUCCCAUUUGGCAAGGGCAAGAGCCAUCCUGCUGCGCUGAGAACAUCAAAGUAUGGUGUUAGCAUGAAAGAACUACUUCAAGCUAACAUUGACAGGGAAAUAUUACUCAUGAAAAGAAACUCAUUCCUCUAUAUAUUCCAGGCAAUUAGGUUAACAGUCAUGGCAAUAAAUACAAUGACUGUCUUUAUGCGUACCAAUAUGCAUCGUGACUCCAUAGAAAAUGGGAGGAUAUACAUGGGAGCACAGUUCUAUGGCAUGUUGAUGAUCAUGUUCAAUGGGUUGGCAGAAAUGGGCCUAGCUAUUGCAAAGCUCCCGGUUUUCUUCAAGCAACGGGAUCUAUUCUUCUAUCCAGCUUGGACGUAUUCCUUGCCAUCAUGGAUCCUUAAGACCCCUAUCUCCUUCCUCAAUACGAUUGUUUGGGUCUUCCUAACAUACUAUGUUAUUGGAUUUGACCCAAAUAUAGAGAGAUUUUUUAGACAAUUCCUAGCGCUUUUUGUUAUGUCUGAGGCAACAUCUGGACUUUUCCGCUUCAUUGCUUCCCUUACAAGGGAUCCGGUUGUGGCAAGUACUAUGGGCUCAUCCUGCAUAUUAAUUUCUAUGCUUUCAAGUGGAUUCAUCCUAUCAAGAGAGGAAAUUAAGAAAUGGUGGAUAUGGGGUUACUGGAUAUCACCCCUUAUGUAUGCACUGAACACAUUGGCAGUUAAUGAAUUCCUAGGUAACAGCUGGAACAAGACAAUAUCUGGUUUUAGCGAACCACUUGGAAGGCUAGUUCUGGAAUCUCGUGGGUUUUUUCCUGAGGCCAAAUGGUAUUGGAUUGGUGUUGGUGCCUUGCUCGGAUAUGUGAUUCUAUUAAAUGUCCUCUACACCAUCUGUCUCAUAUUUCUCACAUUAUUGAACAACAACCAGCCAAUAAUGUCCCAGGAAACUUUCCAUAAAAAGCAAGCUAAUAUCACUGGUCAAGUUUUGGAAGCACCGUCUGGAGAGCAGGCUACUGACAAUACAAGAUGUACUGUGGACGUUAACAACGAUGAGGCAACUUCAAACCACAUGAUAGGGAAUUCUAGUUCAGGAAUUAAAGGAAUGGUCCUUCCAUUUGUACCUCUUUCCAUCACGUUUGAAGAUAUAAAAUACAGUAUAGACAUGCCAGAGGCACUGAAAACACAAGCUACAGAGAGCCGGUUGGAACUACUGAAGGAUAUUAGUGGCUCUUUUAGGCCAGGAGUACUUACAGCUCUUAUGGGUGUCAGCGGUGCAGGAAAGACAACACUAUUAGAUGUGUUGGCUGGAAGGAAGACUAGUGGAUACAUAGAGGGCAAUAUUACCAUCUCUGGCUACCCAAAGAAGCAAGAAACCUUUGCUAGAGUUUCAGGAUAUUGUGAACAGAAUGACAUCCAUUCACCAAAUGUAACUAUUUAUGAGUCCCUUAUGUUCUCUGCAUGGCUCAGAUUACCUACUAAAAUUGAUUCUGCAACAAGAAAGAUGAUUAUUGAGGAGGUCAUGGAGCUCGUGGAGCUUUAUCCCUUAAAAGAUGCUUUGGUUGGAUUGCCUGGCGUAAGCGGAUUAUCAAUUGAACAAAGAAAAAGGCUAACAAUAGCAGUGGAACUAGUUGCAAACCCAUCUAUCAUUUUCCUAGACGAACCAACAUCUGGACUUGACGCACGAGCAGCAGCCAUUGUCAUGAGGGCAAUUAGGAAUACUGUGGACACAGGAAGAACAGUUGUUUGCACAAUUCACCAGCCAAGCAUUGAUAUAUUUGAAUCCUUUGAUGAGCUUUUCCUAAUGAAACGAGGAGGCGAAGAGAUUUAUGUCGGUCCACUAGGACAACAUUCAUGUGAAUUGAUUAGAUAUUUUGAGGCUAUUGAAGGUGUCAGCAAGAUAAAACAUGGCUACAAUCCUUCAACAUGGAUGUUGGAAGUGACUAGCCCAAUGCAAGAACAAAAAACUGGCGUAAACUUCACUCAAGUUUACAAGAAUUCUGAACUAUACAGAAGGAACAAAAAUUUGAUAAAGGAGUUAAGCACGCCCCAUGAAAGUUCAAGCGACUUAUCAUUUCCAACUCAAUAUUCACAGCCCUUUCUUACACAAUGUUUGGCUUGCCUCUGGAAGCAACGUCUGUCAUACUGGCGUAAUCCUCGAUAUAUUGCUGUGAAAUACUUCUUCACCAUUAUAGUUGCAUUGUUGUUUGGAACAAUGUUCUGGGGUAUUGGCCAAAAAAGGAAUAAUAAACAGGCCUUGUUCAGCGCCAUGGGUUCCAUGUAUUCUACAUGUUUGACCAUGGGAGUACAAAACUCUGCUUCAGUUCAACCAAUUGUCUCUAUUGAGCGCACAGUCUUUUAUAGAGAAAGAGCAUCGCACAUGUACUCCCCUUUGCCAUAUGCCUUGGGACAGGUUGCAAUUGAACUUCCGUACAUCUUCCUUCAGACCAUAAUAUAUGGCAUGCUAGUGUAUGCAAUGAUAGGAUAUGAGUGGUCAGGUGCCAAAUUCUUUUGGUACCUUUUCUUCAUGUACUUCACUUUGUCAUACUACACAUUUUACGGCAUGAUGGCGGUGGGUCUAACUCCAAAUUACAACAUGUCCACUGUUGUUUCCACAGGAUUUUAUACCAUGUGGAACCUUUUCUCAGGAUUUCUAAUACCGUUAACUAGAAUUCCUAUAUGGUGGAGAUGGUACUAUUGGAUAUGCCCGGUUGCAUGGACGCUCAAUGGGUUGGUUACCUCACAGUUUGGGGAUGUAUCAGACAAGUUUGAUGAUGGAGAGCGUGUAUCUGACUUUGUCAAGAACUACUUUGGUUUCCAUCAUGAGUUAUUGUGGGUCCCGGCUAUGGUAGUUGUCUCAUUUGCUGUUCUUUUUGCCUUCCUUUUUGGACUCUCACUCAGGCUAUUCAAUUUCCAAAAGCGAUAA